UGGCAUUUUUUUGGCGCUCCAGCUACGGUCACACUAAUUGCAACAUUCUUCUAGUUCAAUAUUGUUUUGUGUUUUGUUUUUUUACAUUUUUUAACCAUUGGCUGCAAAUUUGUUAGUUAUUUUUUUGUGAGACAUUGCCUUGAAAACCGAAAAAGUCAAUUACGGGGUAUCCUGGCUAAGUAGCUACCAUGGCAUUCCGCCAGUCGGAACACGAGAUGAGCGUCACUUCGCUGGAUUCUAGCGUCGAGCUGCGAUCGCGGUCUCCAUCGCCGCAGCCCUUCAAUCCGCGAAAGCUUCGCUUCGCCGACGAUGAUUUUGACAAGGACACGCCAGAGGGGGCCAGUCCGCUGCCGAACCAACCAAAGAAAAAGAUGUCCAUAGAGCAGGGAGCCAGUAGUACCACUAGUGGGAAUGGAGAUGUUUCCAUGUCGCCACCGUGCCAAAAGGUGCGGGCUCUACGCCUCUUCAGCACCCCCGCCACUCCGAAAACGAUCCUCCAAAAGUCCACCACCCAGUGCAGCAACCAUCUAUCGGCAGUCGCAGCUGCCAUGAAUGCAUCCCGACGCAGUGAGGAGCCCUACCGCCUGGCGGAGCGCCCACGAUCCUUGCCGCUGCACAACCGCAACAUUCCCGCCCAGGACACGGCCAAUGUUAAUCCCUUCACCCCAGACAGUCUCUUGGCUCACAACAAGAAGCGGUGCCGCACUCAGUUCGGACGAGAGAACGUCAACCUGAACGUGAGUGCCAUGCAGAAGUACUUGCUCAGCGACACCUGGGACGACGAGGCCGCAGAGGAGGCCGGCGACUCCCGGGAGAUCCAUCAGCAGGCGCCGAAGCGACUGGCGCUGCACGACACCAAUAUCAGUCGGUUCAAGCGUGAGUUCAUGCAGGUCAGCGUGAUCGGAGUGGGGGAAUUCGGUGUGGUGUUCCAAUGUGUUAACCGGCUGGACGGCUGCAUCUAUGCGAUCAAGAAAAGCAAGAAGCCGGUGGCAGGCAGCUCCUUCGAGAAAAGAGCCCUUAACGAGGUUUGGGCCCAUGCCGUAUUGGGGAAACACGAUAACGUAGUUAGAUACUACUCAGCCUGGGCGGAGGAUGACCAUAUGCUGAUACAGAAUGAGUUCUGCGAUGGUGGCAGCUUGCAUGCACGCAUUCAAGACCACUGCUUGGGGGAAGCCGAACUAAAGAUUGUGCUGAUGCAUGUUAUCGAAGGCCUGCGCUACAUCCACUCCAAUGACCUGGUGCACAUGGACCUCAAGCCGGAGAACAUCUUCUCGACAAAGAAUCCCAACGCCUACAAGCAUGUCGAAGAGCAUUCGCAGCAGAACAAAGAUGACGAUGGCAUGGAUAGCGUUUACGAGGAGCUGCGACAUUCAGAGAACUUGGUCACGUACAAGAUCGGUGACCUCGGCCAUGUGACAUCAGUUAAGGAGCCGUACGUCGAGGAGGGCGACUGUCGAUACUUGCCCAAGGAGAUACUGCAGGAGGACUACUCGAAUCUCUUCAAGGCGGAUAUCUUUUCGCUUGGCAUCACGCUCUUUGAGGUGGCCGGCGGUGGUCCGCUGCCGAAGAAUGGUCCGGAAUGGCACAAGCUGCGGAAUGGCGAGGUGCCCAUUCUGCCCAGCUUAAGCCGGGAUUUCAAUGAACUAAUAGCCCAGAUGAUGCAUCCGGAUCCAGAGAAAAGGCCAACAUCGCAGUCCAUAUUCAGUCAUCCAAUUUUGAGCGCCGUUGACUCCAAGAGCAAGCUGCAGCUCGGCCUGGAGCUGACCGUAGAGAAGCGGAAGAACGAGAUUCUGAUGAAUAAGCUCAGGGAGGCCAAAAAACAAAUCAAAUUACUUGAACAAAGGGUUAAUAUCCUUGCGGUUAACAAUAAUCCAGACAGCCUGGAUGGCCAGCGAUGUCUCCGCUCCUUCACCAGACGCAUGCGAACGCCCUUCUCACAUGGAAACUUCGACAACCUGGCCGAUCGCAACAAGAAUGUUAUCACCAAUAUCUGAUACGCUCGCUUAUGCGCAAACAAUAGGCAACCUCUUCCGAUUCGAAAGUGAACUAAGCUCACAACAACAUUGUGUUAAAAUUAAGCCUAUCAUUAAAUUGGGUGUAUAGUUUCAAGUUCUCUAUAUCUCACUAUCGCAACCUUUAAUAUCCACUGUGUCCAAGCCCGAAUAUUUAGAAGCUCUUUAAUAUAAUUUAUAUAUUUUUUCCAGCUCAGUGAAACCUCACCCACCCCCAUUCUUCGUAGAGAAAGUACUCUCUUAUUUUAAGAUAAAAACCACUAAUAGCAUUUAAGGUUAUCGUAGAUAUAAAGAAGUAUUGUUUUCGAAAUUAAA